AUGAAGAAGACUUUAGACUCUUAUUUAUCUUCUUGGUUUUCACGAAUCGGCAAAUUUGUCGGUGAAUAUCCUCAACAUUGCAUCGCUGCCACGUUCUUAGUUACACUGAUUUUAGGAUCCGGAUUUCUCAAACUUACCAUGAUACAGGAUUUCGAAUAUCUGUACAGUCCGAGAAACGCGAGAGUUUUGGAAGAUAGAAAAUCCAUCGAGAAUCUGUUUUCUAACGGCGACGGAGCCGAAGAUAGAUUAAUUAGAAGUUCCACAUACGAAAAUUUAAUUUCGGUCAUUGCCUCGGCGAAGAACAACGGUUCCAUUAUGAACAACUCUUCGAUAGAAGAUGUAAUCCAGAUGGAUGUUAUCAUUCGCAACAUCAGCAUCUUUUGGAAUAAAAAAUUCUACAGUUACCGAGAUAUUUGUAUGAAGAAUGAUCGUAACGAAUGCUCGGAGAAUUUUGUUUCUUCUUUGAAAUACAUGAUAAAACAUCCUGGAAAGGUUUCCAUGAGAUAUCCAGUAGAACGAACAGGUUUUGAUGUAAAAAUAAAUGCUAUGAACUUAGGUGGAGUAUCAACUAAUGACACUGGAUACAUCACGGACUUCAAGGCCGUUCGUCUCUUCUAUUUUAUGGAUUUCGGAACAGAAGAGAAGAAACGAGUAGCUUUAAAGUGGGAAGAGGAAUUUUUGAAUAUAAUGAUUCGAGCGGAAUUUCGACACAUCGAUGUUUCCUUUUUUACUCUUCGCAGUGUCAAUGCCGAAGCUAACAGAAACACAGAACUGAGCAUUCCGCUCGCAUAUAUAAUAAGUCCUAUAGUAAUUUUCUUCUCGGUGGCAAGUUGUAUGACGUUCGACAUCGUCAGAAGUAAACCGUGGAUUGGACUAGCGGGGUGUUUUAGUCCCUGUUUAGCAGUUAUAGCAUCGUUUGGUUUGCUGUUACACUGCGGAAUGGAAUAUUCUGACGUCAAUACAACGGUGCUAUUUCUUUUCAUAGGUAUUGGCCUAGACGAUUCUUUUGUUUUGUUGUCUGCUUGGAGGCGAACGAACGCAAAAGACAGCGUGAUGCAGAGGAUGAGCCAUACUUUUUCCGAAGCGGGAGUGUCCAUCACCAUCACUUCCUUGACUAAUCUUGCUUCGUUUUGUGUUGGAAUCACUUCACCUUUUAGAGUCGUUCGUAUCUUUUGCUGCUACAGCGCUCUGUCCGUAUUUUUCGACCUCAUCUAUCAGAUCUUCUUCUUUGGAAGUCUCAUGGCGCUCGAUGGCUACAGAGAAGAACGUCGUCUUAGUUCCAUUCUUUGUUACACAGUAAAAGAAAAGCAUUUCGAAAACGAAACAUCCGAAGUCAGAAAAGAGGAGACAGACAGGAAGCAGUCUAAAGCUAUGAAGUUCGUUUCUAAAAAUUUCGGAACCUUCCUCGGGAGAAAAUCAGUGAAAACUCUAAUCGUAUUUAUGUUCGUAUGCAAUAUUGCAGGAAGCAUUUACAGCAUUAAAAAUAUUAAACAGGGGUUGAAUAUGGAUGAGGUGUUUCCAUAUUCCUCUUAUCUUACGAAAUACAUAAAUGACUACUAUUUGUAUUUUACGGAUUAUGCACACGUAAUACAAAUUGUUUUUAACCAGACAUUAGAUUAUUCAAGUCCCAGUGUACAAGAAGAAGUAGAGAACAUCUUAUCAAUGGUUCAGAACGCUCCUUAUAUCAGUGGACGCGAACACUCCUUAUGUUGGAUACGAGAAUAUCUUUCUUUCAUUCACAAUAACGACUUUAAUUAUCUGAUGAAUGAUUUUAACACGAGCGAUCCACGAGGUUUCGUACAAGGAUUGAACCAAGUAUUUCUCCGAUUUAAGCCAGCCAUUCAAUUCCGAAAAGAUCUAUCUUGGGAUAGAGAGAGAAACCAAAUUGUAGCUUCAAGAUGUUUUGUUUCGUCCAAAAGCGUCAGAACCGGAACUGAUGAGAAAUUAUUAUUAGAAGGUUUACGUCAGAUUGCGGAUCGUAGCAAAUACCGCGUAAUCGUAUACAACCCUUUAUUUGUUUUCUACGAGCAAUUAUUGAAUAUGCCCGCUAUCUGUUUGCAAAACGUGGGUGUCGCCGUCUUUGUAGUAAGUCUGAUAUUCCUCUUGAUGAUACAAGAUAUUUCUUGCACCGUUUGCGUGUCAUUAAACGUCGUCUGCAUUCUAGUAGAGACAAUGGGUUACAUGAAUUGGUGGAAUGUCAAAUUAGAUCUGAUAUCGGUCCUGAUUUUAAUGAUGAGUGCGGGAUUAUGCAUCGAUUUUUCGGCUCACGUGGCAUACGCGUAUAAGUGUUGCCAGAAGGAAUCAUCCGAGAAGGAAUCAUCCGAAGAAAAAAUUAAAUAUAGUUUGUACUCCACGGGAUAUCCUGUAAUUCAAGGUUGCUUGUCUACAGUCUUGGGUGUCGUUGUUUUGGCAUUUGGACCUUCCUAUACUUUUGUGAUAUUUUUCAAAAUAAUUUUGUUGAUUAUGGUUUUCGCUGCUCUUAACGGACUGCUUCUAUUGCCAGUGUUGCUGAGUAUUGGAGAAUCCAUUGUUAUUCCCUGGAAAAAGUAGUUAGUUAUCGAUUGUAU